GGGCUAUAAAUAUACAAGUGUGUAAUGCAACAAAAACAACACCAUAUCAACUGGUAUUUGGUCAAGAUCUCCAAGCAGAUUUACGAAUUAUCUCAAUGCUUUAUCAACAAAAUAUUGUAAACGAGAAAAAUAUUCUAUUAGAAAAUCAAGCAUCAACUAAUCAACUAACUCUAAAAACUGAAGGAUCUUCAUUUAUAAACGAUAUGGAGAUAAUUACAAUAAAUGAUGAUAGCGAUAAAGAAUGUAAUCUUGAAUCCAACAAUUCAAAUAAAACCGAUCUUGAAUCUAACAAUUCAAAUGAAAAUGAUCUCAAUUCAAAUGAAGAUCAAAUGAUUAUAUCACGUGAAAAUAGUUUUACAUUAAUGAUUCAAAUUCAUAGACAAAAAAGGAAAA